CCGAUUGCAAAAUCAUAUCCUCUGAAGAGCGUUUUUCUAAACCAGACGAAGGCGGAAACGGAGCUGAGCUGAGCGAGCCUUAGAUAGCUCGGCCGCCAUGGGGCGUUCGAUACUCACUCACUUCCUCAAUCUCUCCAACACUUCCCCCUGCUCCAUCUCCUCAUUGCAUGGCUGUGUUGGUGUGACCAAAUUUUUGAGCAGACCAGGUGCAUUUCCUCAGAAGCGGCGUUUGCGGAUUGGGGAAAACUUCCGGUGCCUUUGCAGCGUCUCGAUUUCGGAACCUUCGACUUCUGAGACCGCCUCUAGCUCCGUAAAGAAAAGAAUAGUCUCCGGUGUCCAGCCCACUGGAUCCAUACAUCUUGGCAACUAUCUUGGUGCCAUUAAAAAUUGGAUUGACUUGCAGAAUGCAUAUGAAACUCUCUUUUUCAUUGUGGAUCUCCAUGCUGUAAGCUCUAAUAUAACACUGCCAUAUGAUACACAACAGUUGUCAAAAGCAACAAGAGAUACUGCAGCACUUUAUUUGGCGUGUGGUGUUGAUAUUUCUAAGGCCUCAGUUUUUGUGCAAUCUCAUGUUCGUGCUCAUGUAGAAUUGAUGUGGCUGCUGAGUUCUGGCACCCCGAUUGGUUGGCUCAAUAGGAUGAUUCAAUUUAAAGAGAAAUCUCGGAAAGCUGGGGAUAGCAACGUUGGCGUUGCACUUCUAACAUAUCCAGUGCUUAUGGCUUCUGACAUCCUCUUGUAUCAAUCUGAUUUUGUCCCUGUUGGCGAGGAUCAGAAGCAGCACCUUGAGCUGACUCGAGAAAUAGCUGAACAUUUCAAUUAUGUAUAUGGUGGAAGAAAGUGGAAGAAGCUUGGAGGACGAGGUGGUGCCAUUUUUAAGGUUCCCGAACCCCUUAUUCCUCCUACUGGAGCUCGUGUGAUGUCUCUCACUGAUGGUCUUUCCAAGAUGUCUAAAUCGGCCCCUUCUGAUCAAUCUCGAAUCAACUUGCUUGACUCAAAAGAUUUGAUUGCCAACAAGAUAAAACGUUGCAAGACCGACUCGUUUCCAGGCUUGGAAUUCGACAACCCCGAGAGACCUGAAUGCCAUAAUCUUCUUUCAAUAUAUCAGCUCGUUAGUGGCAAGACGAAACAGGCAGUAGCGGAAGAAUGCGAAGCAAUGAAUUGGGGAGCAUUCAAACCUAUUCUAACUGAUGCAAUAGUCGAUCAUCUACAUCCGAUCCAGGUUUCCUACGCGGAAAUUACUUCGGAUCCUAAUUACUUGGACGACGUAUUGGCAAAGGGAGCUAGCGAAGCUGCAGUCAUAGCAGAUGCUACUCUAGACAACGUAUACCAAGCCAUGGGGUUUUUACGGAGGAGAGGAGACCACCACAUGAUCGAGUAAUGUAGCACGUUUUUGGUUCCACCAAAAUAUAUUUAUCAGAUUUUAAUUUAUUCCGAAAUUUGAUUUGAUUUGAUUUAACUUUGAUAGUAUACUGAACAUUUUUGACAUCAUCAAAUCCCUUAAGUGAUGUUUGUUUGUGGA